CAGAGACCGCCCUGUGAAGUGACCACGACAGAUGGAUUGGAUGCUAAGGGACGGGUCCAGUGGCCUACAGGCUACGGCUGCCCGCUGCCCGCCCCAAAUUGGGUGUCAACCCCACGUUGGUUCCCGCCGGCCGCCGACCCCUACCCCUGCCCUUAGCUUCAAAAAGCAUCCCAACUCACCCGCGGAGCCAAUAAGCUGAGAUCAUUGCAACCCCUCCGCUACUUUUUGGGACGGGCUAGCCCCCC